AUGGGUCUAGCUCUUCUUUCUUCUUCUUCUCAUCAUCACAAGACUCGCAACAAUUCAGAUUCUAUGUCACAAGAUUAUCAUCAUCACCAAGGUAUCUAUUCCUUCUCUAAUGGAUUCCACCGAUCAUCAUCAACUCAUCCGGAGGAAGUAGUGGAGGAAUCCGCCGUCUCCGGAGCUCCGAUCCCGGUUUAUGAAACCGCCGGUAUGUUGUCAGAAAUGUUUAGUUUCCCCGGCGGUGGCAACGGUGGUGCCUCCGGCGAGAUUCUUGAUCAGUCUACUAAGCAACUGCUAGAGCAGCAAAACCGUCACAACAACAACAACAACUCAACUCUUCAUAUGUUAUUACCAAAUCAUCAUCAAGGUUAUGGUUUCACCAACGAGCAACAACAUCACUUCACUUGGCCAUGUUCCUCCGAUCAUCACCACAACCAAAGUCAAGGAGACAUGAUCGGGGCCGUACACGUGGAAGGUGGAAAGGGUUUAUCUUUAUCUCUCUCAUCUUCAUUGGAAGCAGCAGCAGCAGCUAAAGCAGAAGAAUAUAGAAGCAUUUAUUGUGCAGCUGUUGAUGGAACAACUUCAUCUUCUAACGCAUCAGCUCAUCAUCAUCAAUACAAUCAAUUCAAGACUCUUCUUCUUGAUAAUAACUCUUCUCAUCAGCAUCAUCAAGUUGUUGGACAUUUUGGGGCACCAUCAUCAUCUCCCAUGGCAGCUUCUUCUUCCAUUGGAGGGAUCUAUACGUUGAGGAAUUCGAAGUACACUAAACCGGCGCAAGAAUUGUUGGAAGAGUUUUGUAGUGUUGGAAGAGGGCAUUUCAAGAAGAACAAACUUACUAGGAACAAUUCAAACCCUAAUACUAGCGUUGGAGGAGGUGGAGGAGGAUCAUCUUCGUCGGCUGGAGCAACCAAUGAUAAUCCGCCUUUGUCUCCGGCUGAUCGGAUUGAACAUCAAAGAAGAAAAGUCAAGCUACUCUCUAUGCUUGAAGAGGUGGACCGACGGUACAACCACUACUGCGAACAAAUGCAAAUGGUAGUGAACUCUUUCGACCAAGUAAUGGGCUAUGGUGCGGCGGUUCCGUACACGACAUUGGCCCAAAAGGCAAUGUCUAGGCAUUUCCGGUGUUUGAAAGAUGCGGUGGCAGUUCAGCUUAAACGCAGCUGUGAGCUUCUAGGGGACAAAGAGGCGGCCGGGGCUGCGUCCUCGGGGUUAACUAAAGGUGAAACUCCGCGGUUGCGUUUGCUAGAGCAGAGUUUGCGUCAGCAACGAGCGUUUCAUCAUAUGGGUAUGAUGGAACAAGAGGCAUGGAGACCGCAACGUGGUUUGCCUGAACGCUCAGUUAAUAUACUUAGAGCUUGGCUUUUCGAACAUUUUCUCAAUCCGUACCCAAGCGAUGCUGAUAAGCACCUCUUGGCUCGACAGACUGGUUUAUCCAGAAAUCAGGUGUCAAAUUGGUUUAUAAAUGCUAGGGUUCGUCUAUGGAAACCAAUGGUUGAAGAAAUGUAUCAACAAGAAGCAAAAGAAAGAGAAGAAGAAGAGGAGGAGGAGGAAAAUCAAAAAGAAGAUUAUCAGCAACAAAGAAGACAGCAACAAACAAACAACAACGACACGAAACCCAAUGAAAGCAACUUCACUCUCGUUCAGACAAUAACUGCACAAACUCCAACAACAACAACAACAACAACAACAACGACGAUGACGUCGACACCUCAUGAAAACGACUCUUCAUUCUUUCCUCCCUCCUCCGUCGCCGCCGCUUCUCACGGCGUUUCAGACGCUUUCACCGUCGCCACGUGUCAACAAGACGUCAGUGACUUCCACGUCGACGAUGGUGUGAAUGUCAUAAGAUUCGGGACCAAACAAGCUGGUGACGUGUCACUUACGCUUGGUCUACACCACGCUGGCAACAUGCCUGAUCAUAAUAAGAACCCUUCAUUCUCCGUUAGAGACUUUGGAGAUUUUUAG